AUCGUGUUUACAUGCACCCGGACUCGCCGAACACGGGUGCACACUGGAUGCGACAGGAGAUUUCUUUCGGAAAAUUAAAGCUGACAAACAAUAAAGGGGCGUCCAACAACACGGGACAGAUGGUGGUCCUGCAAUCUCUGCACAAGUACCAGCCGAGGCUCCACGUGGUGGAAGUGAACGAGGACGGCACGGAGGACUGCAGCCAGCCGGGCCGAGUGCAGACGUUCACCUUCGUCGAGACGCAGUUCAUCGCCGUCACCGCCUAC